AUGGUGAAAGAAAUGCAAAAGGAUGUAAAUGUGUUAUUAUUAAAACAACAAAUUCCAUUCAUGUUGAAUGUGUCACAUUAUAUGACAGACUUAGUGUAUACCUUAUACUACACAAUAAAAUUGCAAGACGACGAUGAUGAUGAUGCAGCAAAACAAAGACAUAUAUUAGAAUUAGAAGGACGAAAGACUUUAUUAAGUGAUGAGAUAUAUAAGUUACGAGAGCAAUUCCGUAAUUUAUUAAAUCAAUCGAGUGGGUCGAUUUACGGAAUGGUGGAAGAAGACAAUCAAGUCAUCGAUGAGGACAAUAAUACAUCACAGGAUAUAUUACGAUUGAUACAACAAUUUAAGGAUUUAAUAGAUGAAGAAUUAUUGCAAACGGUUCGAGAUACGAAUAUUUUAUUAAUUACAGAGCUUUCGAAGCAAAUUCCUGAGCGGUCAACAGUUAAUAUUCAUAAAUUAAAUAUACAGUUGGAUAAUUGUCUCUAUGGCUUUCUUAACUUAGUUACAUUUAUUCGAAAGAUCCCGCUACGAGUUGAUAACAAGGAGUCCAUGGAAUCUAUUGUUAAUGUAAUUAAAGAUGAAUUAUUAUUGAGUUGGAAAAUUGAAUUAGAUUUAUUGAAUUGCAAGAUAUUUAAUUUAAUUUCAAAGAAUGAAAAAAUUAUCAAAUUAUUUCAGCAGUACCGGUCGUCGUUAUCAUCAGCAACAGAAUCGGGCACCAUGGGAGAACAAUCCGAUUCAUCUAUCCCGAUCAUCAAAGAAGACAGUAAAACGUUUAUUGAAUUAAUUAGUUGGUUAAAGGAUGAGCAAGUAUUUGGUUCAAUUGUAUUAUAA